AUGAGACAAUUCAAAGCUGCCACCGCUAUUUGUGAUGCUGCAUUCAUCAAUCGCGCAGUACCAAGAUGCUCCCGUCAACUUUCAACAGCUCUCCGACGUCAAGUCUCCACUGCGACCUCUCCCUUAUCACUCAAGACCACAGCUCGAUUCCCAACAUCUGCCGUAGCGAUAAGACAGCAGAAGUCCACUCGUAAUGCUUCAUCAUCCUCGCCAUCAUCUACAGAACUCCGUAAAACCCCUCUCUACGAUCUACAUGUUGCCAAUGGAGGAAAGAUGGUUUCGUUUGGUGGCUUCCACAUGCCAGUCCAAUACUCCGGACUCUCUGUGAGCGCCUCGCAUCAUUUCACGAGGGAGCAUGCCAGUCUUUUCGAUGUGAGCCAUAUGGUUCAACAUCGAUUUGAGGGUCCAGGAGCAACCGCCUUUUUACAGAGAAUUACACCAGCUAGUAUUGCGAAUUUGGCCUUACAUCAGGGAGGGUUGAGUUGUUUGUUGCAUCCUGGGACUGGAGGAAUUGUGGAUGAUACUAUUAUUACGAGACUGGGCCCGGAACUGUUUUAUGUAGUUACAAAUGCAGGAUGUAGGGAAAAGGAUUUGAAAUACUUAGGAGAGGAGUUGGAGGCGUUUGCAAAGGAGGGAGGUGAGAAGGUUGGCUGGGAGGUGCUUGAUGGGUGGGGCUUGGUCGCGCUUCAGGGGCCGGAGAGUGAGGGGAUUUUGAAAGAGGUUUUGGUUGAGAAAUCAGGGGAGGGGGAUCUUAAGGAUUUCUUGUUUGGUCAGUCGAGGUUCAUGAAAAUUCGAUUGGUCGAUGGGACGAUAUCUGGGAAUUUGUUGGUUAGUAGAGGUGGAUAUACGGGAGAGGAUGGAUUCGAGAUAUCUAUACCAGAGAGCGAGACGGUGAAGGUGACUGAAUCGUUAUUGAAGAGUGCUGGCGAGGAAAAGCUACAAUUGGCGGGGUUGGGUGCUAGAGAUAGUCUGAGAUUGGAAGCGGGUAUGUGUUUAUAUGGUCACGAUUUAGAUGAUACGACUACGCCUGUAGAAGCAGCUCUAGGAUGGGUAGUAGGAAAGGAGAGGAGAACAGAAGGGGGCUUUCAUGGUGCUAAAGUUAUUCUUAAACAACUCACCCCGAAAAGUAAAGGUGGAAGUGGAGUAGAACGAAGAAGAAUUGGCCUGAUAGUCGAAGGAGCACCAGCUCGCGAGGGUGCGGAUAUUGUGAAUGAUAAGGGAGAGAAAAUUGGAAAUAUCACAAGUGGAUGUCCUAGUCCGACAUUGGGCAAGAAUGUCGCGAUGGGCUAUAUUAAGGAUGGAUUUCACAAGGCGGGUACAGAUGUAGGCGUGGUGGUGAGAGGCAAAGAGAGAAAGGCAAAGGUUACCAAGAUGCCCUUUGUACCGUCGAAGUAUUGGAAAGGAACUAGUGGGACUGCUCCUGCUUGA